AUAUUGAUGUAUCAAAUAAAUGAAGAUCUUAAGCGAAAAAUAAUAUGUACAAUAUACAAGUAAAUAAUAACAUAUUAUUUUUCACUGUAAUGGCGCAUGCUGGCCCAUAAUGACAUUUCAGUUACAUCAUUGUUUAUCAUUUGAAUGUCGGCCAUUUCGCGUAUAGAUUAUUCAAUAUCGUUUUCUAACACAUGAUUGACUGUUUAAUGUUCACCAUCGCUUUGAUCCGGACUUUGAUAGUACCGAUAAAACGGCAUCCGCUUGGGUGAUAAGACAGGCGGUCCGAUAUGCCGCUGUUUACAUGACUCUUUUCUCUUGUUAUUGGUGGGUAAAUUUAGCACAAGUUGAGGACAUCAGCUCAGUAACCAAGCAUAUCCAGCAUAGUCAUUCCUCUCCUUCGUCUCCCCUCAUCGGUUAACUUAAGUUGUGGCUAUCUGGGUACAAAAUGUGCGAGCAUGCUUUUGAUAUAAAACAACUGCGCAAGAGACGGAUUGAAACAGGGGGGCGACGAGAAGAAGAAGGGGGGACGUGAGUAUCGUAUGGUGUUGCACAAUGUUCAUCUUCACGGGUCCUUCGUUUCGCGCAAUGGACACGCAACAUCCCUCCAUUUAUCGUUUGUGCUUGUUGAGCACACUUGUAAAUUAGCUGCUCCGUUUUUGCGAUACGUCCUGUUUGCGACUUGGCCCCUUCCAUGGUACCAACACCUUAGUACUCCCUCAAGUCAAGUAAGAAGAUUGAAGAGCAUUGAAUCAGCCAGAAAAACAUCACCUCUUCUCUUCAAUUGAACUAUUAUUAUUGUGGAACGAAACAUCCGCAUCUGACCUGGAGGAAGAUUUUUUAUACACAAGUGUUUCUUUGGUUGCUAUCCACGUCGACUACGCUGAAAGUUCAAAUGGAUAAGAAAAAGAAAAAGACAGCACUUCCACCAAGACUGGAGAGAGAAGAACAGAAUGAAAGGACUGAAGACAGGAAGAAGAUGAGGAAAACCAAGGUGGCUGAACAAGAAGCUUCCUCAAAUAGCACUAAGAGUGAACUUCAGCAGCAACAGACCAGGCAAGAGGAGUUAACAGAGUCUGACCAGUCAGAGGGGGAUAUAAGAAUGAAAUUAGGGUUUGGAGCUAAACGAACCAAGAAGCCUCCAAAGAGCCUUGAGAACUUUAUAUGCAGGCCCACAGUAAGGGUCUCUCAGAGGCCUACACAUGGAGAUGGCUAUGGUUCAUGUGGAGUUGAAGCUUCCAGUUCUCAAAUCACAGGGGCCAACAAGUCACAUCGAGAGACUCAGAAAAAAGAUAGCAAAGGUUGCGUUUCUUCAAAAGCUUCCACAAGUUCGAAUCUGUCAACUCCAUUGCCCACCUCAUCCAAAAAGGCAGACUCUACACCUGUCAAUACACCCACUAAAAAUGCUACAUCAAAACAGUCAAGGAAGAGAGACUCAAAGUCAUUAUUAACAUCAGAUGGACCUUCGUAUGCAUUUCAACCACAGACAGAUAGCAAAGUACCCCUUUCCGACAGGAUAACAUCUUCCACCCCACUAAAGCAGACACACUCGCCUCCAGCUGCUCCUUCUCCACCCUCCACAUUACAACAAAACUCCAGUCCACAAGACGGCACCCAAGUUUUAAAUGUUCAUAGAGAAAAGGGUGAAGAUCUCCCUCCUGGGGCAACAAUGACUGCUUCCCUCAGUUCAAAGGAUAUGACGCUGAAAGCUCAGAAGUCUUCUUCCAGUCUAGAAAAUGACAGUGAAUGCACGUUGUUUCCAAUAUCUUGUAGUGAGGAUUUACUGCCCCUAAAGCAAUCCUGCCCUCCAAAGGAAACUUUCAAAAUCAGGGAGAGUAAUGUUGAAAAUGUUUUGAAUGUGAAUGGGAAAGAGGAUGGCAAACAUGAUGGAAAUUCUGCAGGUUCCAAAAACACGUAUAGCACAGUAAACAAUAAAAAGAGUAAGGAAAAUGAUUUAGCGCAUCAGCCAAGUUCCUCUAUCAAAACACCAUCACUCCUUCCUGCUUUAGAUAAAUAUGCUGUUUCUUCAACUCCUGAGAAUAGCACUUGUACACCAGAGUUACCAGAGAGAAGAAGAAGGAACAAAAAGCAUAAUGAAAGUGGAGACAUAUAUGAAACCAGAAAAAUGGCCAUGGAACCUGCCCAAACUAUCCCCACUGAUGUCCAGCCAAAGGAUUGCAGCAAGGUGGGGCAUAUCAUUGACAAGAAUAAAAAGAGAAAUAGGCACUGCUCAAACCAGGAAGAAAAACAGUGUUCCUCUCAAACUACCAGCUGUGCAGACUCUCAGUUUAAAACUGACAUUCUUUUCACAGACAAAUCAUCAAGUGAUGAGCCUUUACAACCCAAGCAAAACACCAACCCACCGAAGAAACAGAAAGUUGUUCAAAUUACAAAGAUGGCAGACCAAAUGGAGAAGAUGGAUCUGGUGAAGACUACUAAUGUUAGUUCCACUGCAUGUAAAACAGAAUCUCAAACAUUUAAACUUAAAAAAAUACCUUCCAUGAAGUCCUCAAAAGCAUUAUCAUCACCACAGUGCAAACCAGGAACAGUUGGACGAACUCCUAAAUCUAAACAACUGCAAAAUCCAUCACUCAGAUCAGAAAUCUCAGCUCUUGAGCCACAGCCCAAGAAAAGGGGUCGCCCAAAAAUGAUCAGGUUGGAUGAAUCUCUUCAGGGAUGUAAAUCUCAUAAGAUCCCCAUACGUGAACACUCUCAUGUCCCUGACCCAGAGGUUGACAUGCAACUCCCAAAGCCCAUGCAAAGAAAACGAGGUUGCCCCAAACAUUCCUUCUCUGUUCAGCCACAGAGUUCUGUGUCACAAGACACAGCAUAUAUGAAGAAGGUUGCAGAAGAUAAUCUUAAACCAUCCUUGUUCAAAGCUAAAGACACUCCAAUGUCCAGCAAAAGAAAUAGAUUGAUAAUGAAAACAAUUAUCAAAAAUAUCAAUAAGAUGAAAGUGAAGAAGAAGGAUCAGGUGCUCACACAAUUUCUUUCAGGGCAAAAACAAUGUCGCAAAGCAAAUUUUGCUCAGAAAGAUAACGAUGGAGAUGCAGAUGGUUCAGUUUCAGAUGCUACACACUCUUUAUCCUCACUUGUAUCAUCUUUUGGGGGGAAACUUGGUCCACAAAUUAAUGUGAGCAAACAUGGAACUAUCUACAUAGGAAAGAGGAGAGGUCGAAAACCUAAAUCUCAAAGGGAAAAUUCUUGCCAAGCCUCUGAACAAAUUCUGCUUCAAAAGCCUCAGAAAAUGGCAGAGUCUUCAAAUAAGUUGAACUCUUGGUCCACUCCUGGGGAACAAAUCCAUUCAUUUGAUAGCCAGCCUGCUGUUAGCAGCUCCCCCAACUCAUUUAAACAUCUUAAGUCCUCUUCGACCACUAUUGGUUCUUUCCGAAAAAAGCUUUAUCCUGGCAACUGUGAGUAUGGUCAACAUUCUGCUCCAAAGGUAACAUGUUCACAGAGAGGUAAAGGAAUGCCUGAAGAAAAAUCAAAAUCUCAUUCCUCCUUGCAAUCAACACCACUCCCUCUAGCCACAACCCAGUUAGGCUCUGUUAGGAUGCAAGACUGCAGAACGGCACACCUUGCUCGAUCCAUAUUGAUGGAGCAAGAACUACUCAAACACAAGUGCCAUAGAAAAGGUCAUAACUGCUUGAGCCAUGAAAAGAUAAGGAGACAUAAACACAAAUGUAAGAGAAAGUGUCUUCAACUCAGGGCCAAAAGGCAAGACCCAGCCUUUCUAGCAGAGAUUGAGGACUUGGUGGUCAGACUCAGUGAGAUUCGUAUAGUGCAUCAUAUCGCUCAGGGAGGGAAUGAAGCGAAAACUGGUGGAAGUAAGAGUAUGAAAGGGAAAGGUCACCCUCAUUUUCUUCAGUGUCUGCCUCAAAACCUUCACCAUCCUGCCAUGUUUCAAAUCAACUUCAGCGGUUACUACUCACCUCAGUCUGACUUUUCCCGUGACUCUCUGCAUUAUGUCGGAAUGGCUGAUUUUAAAAGAAACAACAGGUGCCCCUCAGAGCCAAGUGAACAUAUUGUCACACAUUGUCCAGUGGUACACAAACUUGGGUUUCCACUGUCAGGAGCUGGAUGUUACUACCCGCCCUACAAAAUGCCUCUCUCAACCACCUCAUUUGGUUUCGGACUUUACAGAGGAUACCCUCCAUCUGCAACUAUUUACCCUUCUUCACCUUUUUUAGCCUCUUAUGUGCACCCCUACUCCAAAACUGCUAUUUUAAGCCCAACAAAGUUCCAUAAAAGAAAGCACAAGUAUCUGAGACGUGACUCUGUGUUUUGUGGAGGGAAGGCAGAGGGAACAUACUCUAAUGUAACUUCUCAUCCCUCUAGUGACUGGUUCAGUAGAAAUAGCUGGCAAAGGGAAGACAACAGAGAGCAGGGCAGAGAUAAAAGACUUGUUGAUGACAGUCUUAGUACAGGAAGAGAGAGAGAAGGAAUAGAGUGUUUGCUAGGACAAAGUAGACUCAGAAAAGACCAUCUAAACAGAAGGGCUUCGUCCUCUAAUUCCCCAUGCUCUUUCUCAAUGCUUACCAAAAAAGCAGACAAACACAAAACCUCACUCCCAUCAUAUAUAGGACCAGCACACCUGAGAACGAUACCAAAGGUUAGGUGGGCAGAGCAUCAGCAGCCAUGGAGGUGGAGAGAGAGUGUUCCAUUAGAGCAGAGUAACAGCAACCUAAACCAAGAAGCUGAGUCAGGGUACCAGGAGGAGGAGGACACUAUAGAAGGUCCAGAGAGUGAUGAAGACCUUCCAUCACCUCCCCUAUUAAAAAGAACAGUCCACCAUCACACUUUUCUAAAGAAACCCAACCUCACCAGCAGUGCGUACAGUCGACAGACAGUCCAGAGGGGCACUGGUGAAGUUCGGUGUACUUCAAAAGAUUUGAGGAGGCCUGGAAGAACACUGAUCAAGGAGCCUUGCUCUGCUGGAGACAAAAGAGCAUCAGAGAGUUUCCAGCCUGGCAGUCAACUCUUCCCUGUCCACCAUCAGCACGGUAGUCACUCUUUUACUGAAGGACAAGAGAGAGCAGGAAAAAAGACAAGACACAAUAAAAGCCAGACUCUCUUACAGAAAUCUCUUGUCACCCCCUUUGCCCCUAGUACUGCCCCCCACAACAGCCUUUCUCAUUCAGACUGUGCUAAACAGAUUACACAUACCAAGGGUAAGCUGAAACAAGUUAACAAACCAGAACCCAAAGUGAAGAGAAGGGGACCUGGGCGACCAAGGAAAAACCCUGCACCAUGUUUUUCUCCAUCUUUAUCAGCUGCACCUUUACAUCACAGAGUCACGGAGUGUCCAGAAAAGCAAAGGAAAGGGAAAAGAGGUGAGAAGCGGAAAGGAAAGAAAAGAAAAGAUGGAGGGCAUGUAGACGGGGGAGAAGAUGUAGCUGAGAGCCAGGAGCCCUCAGAUUCACACUUCGGUCCAUCCUCACCCUAUCAGGAUCCAUCAGUGUCUGUACACAAUCAAUCAGAGAGGAGCUCUACCAUACCACCUGACAAGAAAUAUGAGUGGGCGGGGCUUUACUCAGAUGUCUAUAAAAGCGCAGAAACUUUCAACAAGGAGUGUGACAAAUCAUCUGUCUCACUGUCUAAUGUCCCACACAGCCCUCCCAGUCUUUCCCCACCAGUAAACACAGAGUGCCUUCUAUAUGAUCCUGAGGAACACGAACAUGGCCUCUUUCCUGCACCUAUACACGUAGGAAAGUAUCUGAGGCUGAAACGGAUUGACUUUCAGUUGCCCUAUGACAUAUAUUGGCUCUGCGCACACAAAAAGGUUCAUAAAAUAUUACAUGCCCCACUAAGGACAGCCACAUCCAAUGGGUCUGUUGGUGUAAUGUCUCUCACUCAGACUGAGGACAGUCCCUGUACACAUCAUAAGGACAGUGUUCCUCAGGACUGCAUUGCUGACAGCCUUAAUAGAAAUGACAGCUGUAGACUACCUUCAGAGGAGGUUGGAGAGGAAAUCAGUCAAUCAGACCUUGAUAAUAAUAUUCCCCAACAUUCUGACCCUCUCAAACAGCAGGAGAGAGGCAGUGAUGCUGAAAAUAUCCCCUCCCCUCUCCUGAUGAUGCCCUUGUCGUGUGAGGAGAGGAGUUUCAUCUUGGAACAUGGCAUUUUUCUGGUGAGAAACUAUGAGAAAAUAAGAGAGAGACAGGCAUUGCUCCUGAGGGAGGGAGUGAGAGAGCAAGAGAAAGAAAACAAGAAAGAUGGAGGGAGAAGCCAAUCUCAUAAAGGAGUUCUUGGAGUCAACACCAGCACCAAGUCAGACCAGUGCCUGACUCCAUCGUGUCCACAGUCUGAGAACGGACUCUGUGGAGAGAGAGAAGAGGAGAGAAGAACUGUACAGUGCAGAAACCUCACGCAAACACUCCAGGAGAUAUAUGAUGUCAUUGUCAGUUACAAGGGGUCAUCUGGACAAACCCUCGCCGCUCCUCUGCUGAAUCUGUGUUCCAGAAAGAGGUCUGUCUCAGCUCCUGUUGAUCUCAGUACAUUGCAGAAGCAGCUCAUCUCAGGGCAUUAUGAGAGCCUGGAUGCCUUUCACUCAGACAUGCUCAGGGUGUUCCAAUGUGCUGAGAAAUACUAUGGCUGUGAGUCCUCAGUGGGUCGUAAUGUAAGGCAGCUGAGGGAAGUGUACUAUAGUGCUCAUCAGGAGGCCUUAACUCAAACUGGCAACUUCCUCUGAGAGGCAGAACACCACACCUGUGUCCUCUGACAGGGCAUGGCUAUGCCAAAAUACAGAGGCAUGAUGGGCCUUCCAGAGGGCAGAUAAUGCUCUUCGAUACGAAAGACCUGCUGUAUGUUGCUCUCACAGAUGCACUGCACAGGAAUGGAAGGUUGGAUUUAUACUGUAUCUGUUUUGUUGAUGCACAUUUAUGUGGACAAGUGGAAAUAGAAUGUGUGUACUCAAUCGGAUAGCAAAACAGUCGAUCCAGAUGCAUGAAGUGACUAAAUGUUAAUACAGCACUCCUGGAAAUGCCAUUUGUAAGCAUGGACUGGGUUAACGCUUGACAACUUGAUUAGUUGAAAACACACUUUUUUCUCUCAGGGAAAUAAAAAUCAAGUGAAGGGGCAGGAGACAUGAUGAAAACAAUUCAAAGACCCCAGAUCCUUGUAUGCGAAACCUGAACAACAUGCAAUUCUUCGCAUCUUUAAAUGUUAUAGACUGAAGAUGAACAUGUUGUAUGGAAUGCAGGAAACCAUGGAAACAAAGCGGAAGAGCUGCUUUGGGUCAAAGGAAUGGACAUGCACUUACUGUUUUAAAUCAUUCAACACACUUACAUCAGAAUACCUUUCACAAGAAAAUGGACUCCACUUCUUAAAAGAGGCUUCGCUGACUAAACAGUUGUGAACACCAUGAACAGAAAUGUGGUCUACUGUCUUUUUUGUGUUUAGUGUUGGGUGGGUUAUAACUAUUAAGUAAGCAAUAGUGCAUGAAAGGGGUUCAUGAUGCAGCCUUAAUAUAAGGAAAUGUGUAUGUUUAUAGUCAUUUUAGAACAGUAAUUCAUGUUAAAGGAAAUUUAAUACCAGUUUGUGCAAAGCUGUCUUGUGCUAGUGAUGUUUUGUAAUACAUUGAUUUGAAGCAGUAUUCUUUAUAGCUUUGAGAUUCACAGAAAUAUUUUAUAUUGUUUAUUGUAUAUUGUACAUAAUGAAUAUUUAGCAGAAUUAUGUUUGUUAUGGUUUAAAGAAACUAUAUUUACAGUCUUAAAUGGUUGUUAAUUUCUUUUGUUUAUUCUUUAAUAAUAAUUUUAUUUUUAUGGAUAGUUUUUAUGGUGCCUCAAUGCAAAGCAUGUCUACUUUUAAAUGGGACAUUCAAAGCUUGUAAAACAUCAGACUUUUUGGAGUAUUUAUGCGUGACAUACUUUUUAUUGCUUAAUAAUGUGUAAUAGCUGUUUAUAAAACAGAAUAUUAUGGCUAUGCUAUACUAAAAAACUAGUUGUUGAUGGAAGCUCAUUAAGUAGAGCUUAAAGCUUAGCAAAUUAAUUAAACCAACCGCAUCAGUUAACUAAUAAAAAUAAGACAAUA